GUCGCGGACGGACUGAUGAUCACCUUCAGCUUUCCAUAGUACCACGCCAGCUGCAGGACUACUGAGAUCUCGACAUGUUCGAGUAAGACGCCCCGCAAAUACAAGAUAGAAAGCAGUGCACAUCAUUGUAUUUCCAGACAAUGGCAUUCACAGAAACAUCAGGAUUAAUUACUGGAAGGCUUGUCUAACACUGAACUCACUGCCCUAUCCAGAUCAAGCUAAGUUAAGCUCAUGAAAUAAUACCCAAGCAAGACAGAGCUAAUUGCGUGUGCGAACGAUCUGGAAAAUAUUGCUUGUUAUUUCCAACUAGGUAUUUGGCCUCUCCUUGCCUUGAUGUACUGUAGUUGAUGUGUGUACCCUGGCUUUGUUAUGUGCAUGAAGGAAACAGAAACUGCAUUGAAUGAGAUUUAUGGAUAAAGGUGAUUGGAAUCAUUUCAGCAGUUUUGGAUAAUGCAAAAUUGCCAUGGGUGAUUAGAAUAGUAAUCAUUGAGAUGAAAUCAGUCAGUCAGUUGGAAUACCACAGCGACAGUCAUUGCUUUGCUUGGCUGGUCACAAAGACGAAGGAACAUAGACAAAAUAUUUACGUAUUUUCAGUUCCUGAGCUGAACUUGCUGUACAUGUGAACAGAAAUUCACAUUAGUGUGCAGGAAUGUCAUGAUUUUUUUGUGAUAGAGUGGAAUGAUCCAAUAAUGAUGCAAGAAGAAAAAAAGCUUCUUCUCUGUUUGGCAGCUAGCAACAUUUUUCAGCAUCAUUUCUCCAGUUAAUGGAAACAGAAAUGGAGGAAAAGAAUCAUAAACAUGUCAGAAAUAACAGCAUUUGGGCUGAUGAUCCUGAUGGAAAUAUAAGCAGCAGCGUCAUGGCACAUAGUGUGGGAAAUACUGGGAGGGAUCAUAGAGCACUUACCUCACCCACCUCGCCUAUGUCUGAUGGAGGAAGUGCAGGAAAUGGAAGGGUGAACAGAAUGCAAACAGUGCGGACCGAGACAAUAGAGGAGACUGUGUGUGUCUAUGAAAUCUCUAAUUCAGGAAAGGACACCGAUGAGCUAGGAGCGAGGAGAAAAUCAGAUACACUUUGUGCAGAGGUGAUGAGGAAUGGUGCAUCAUCAAGGAGACGAUCAUCCAGUCCCAGUUCUGGUAGUGAUAUGCUGCAGGGGAGGAAUAGAAGUGGUAUCCAAUCAAACACAUCACAUGGUAUUAAUUGGGAUGAUGCCUUGCAUCAGAAGGAGAAUAGCAAUUCUAAUCAUCUACCUGGACAUGCUGAGCCAGUGGAAGAGGUGUUUUCACCCCUCACAGUUUUGAAGUCAGAUUUAACCAGUCCAACAGACUUGACAUCACCACUGAUAACUACAAAAGCUGGUCAUGCUGGUGAUGGGAAAGAUUCUCAGGUGGUGGAUAAGAACAUAGAUGUUAAGCACUCAACCCCUGUAGAUGGAUACUAUCAUGUUAAACACAACCCUGCCUAUAAAGAUAUGGGUAGACCAGUUAUAGCUGGUGAUCCGUCAUCUAACCUAGGGUAUCCUCAGGAGAAAUAUCAACAGAAUAGCCCUGAGCAGACUACUUAUGAUCCAUCCAGUGGAUAUCGCUUGCAACCUCCAACUUCAUUAUUUCUGAAAGAGAAGCACUCUGUAACAGGACCCCAGGACAACACACCAAGUGAUAUAGAGUUCUAUGAUUGUCAUUCACAACUUGGUGAACAGAGAGAGACUCCUGAUCAAGAACUCUUUACACCAGAAACUGACAGCAGCUUAUUAAAACAAAAUGUGGACAAGAAGAACAGAAGUGACAUGUCAAGUUCUUCAGAGAGAUGGCAUACUGGAACAGAAGGUUCCAUCGCUAUGCACCAAGCCUUACAUGAUUCAGAAGAAGGGGAUGUAAGUCUAGGCAAGAAGAAAAUUGAGCAUACCACACAGAUGAGUAGAGCUGAUUUUCCAUCUCCACCCAAUCCAACUCGUAUCCCAAGGUUUCAAAAAGACCCAGGAGAUGGUGAGAAUCCCAAGCAAGUGAAAAACACAAGAAGUGUGAGUCCCAGUGCUAUGGAAAGAUUCAAACGUUUCAUUUCAUUUGGGGAGAAGGAUCCACCUCAAAAAAUCAAAGAGGUUCCAUCUAGCUUCUCCAUGUCUUUCCCUUCUCUUCCGGACCUGUCAUCUUCCACCCAAGCUCUCAAAUCCUUCAACCUUUCCCAGGAGGAGCAGCCCCAUUCAUCACCAUCCAGAGGACGUCCAGCAAUGACGCCCUGUGAACGUGGCGAGAAGAGCUGGCGGAAGGAUACAUCUUAUGGUUUCCCCUCUCCUGAGAUAUCUCUAAAGAGACCUCAGACACUCUUCAAGUUUAAUACCUCCCCGUAUGAUAAGAAUACAGAGACACGUAAAACCCGUAGGCGAUCUACUGAGGUACCCUUUGAAGGGUUGACCAGUCCAAUGUCUGCCAGUGAACGACUACUAAGGUCACCUGGAACCCCAAGGAUACCAAUGUCUCCCAGGGAACCCUCAGCUUACAUUGCAGCCAGAGAGAAACAGGCCAAGCUGGAUUUUAGAAUCAACUUCAAGGACCAGGCAAACUUUACAGGUCGACGCCUUCUAGACUGGCUCUGUUCCUCCUGCUCCUCCUGCUCCUCUUUGCCUUGCUCACCUCCAUACCAGGAAGAUGGGGGUUUGAUGAGUCCAUCCUCCAUCUCGGAAGCCCAGUCUGCUGCCUACAUGCUCUGCACCAAUCUCCUAGAUAUCGGUAUCCUACAACCCCUUGAGAGCGCCUCGGGGACAGACGUCUUUAAGUUGGACUCCAUGUACUGUUGGAGGCAUGAGAACCAGCCCUCCUCUUCGUCUUCUCUCUCCAGUGGUUCGGUAGCUACAUCUCCUGGCAAACUCACUCCCAUAUGGCCCCCUCAGAAGUCACCAGAAGAUGAUGACAAUCUUGGUGGAAAAUACACAGAAGCUGAGCAUCAGCAGUUGAUCAUGGGUCUGAAACGAGAGCAUAAGGAAGCUUUGGAGAGUCUGAACACUGAACAUGAAGGGUCAGUCUUUGAUGUAAGAGGACAACAUGCUGCCCUUGUUUGUAUGCUAGAGGAUCAGUUAAGUGAUCUGGGAAAGAGAGUCAAGGAACUAGAAGCAGAACAAUACAGAUAUACUAGCAAACAAUGUGUGGAUGUUGCCGUUGAGACUGAUAGGAUAGAGAUCAAUCGGGAACCCUUGCAGAGGCAUAUUGACAAGUUUGAGGAAUUUGCACAUGAGCAGGGGGCACAAGAGCAUCCUCACAAAGCUCAGAAGCCUUCAAGACAUCAAGGACAGACAGGGUCUAACCCUACAUCUCCUAGUGAGCUGCAUCCAUCAGCACCGGCAGAGAAACCUCAUGGUGCUCUGAUACCACAGCCUUCUCCUCCUCCUCCUCCUCCACCUCCACCUCCAUUACCAGGUGGCAUGCCAAGCCCUCCACCACCUCCUCCGCCACCACCACCUCUUGCCCACUCCUCACAUACAGGUAUGCCCCCUCCCCCAGCACCUCCACCAUUACCUGGUGCCUUAGGACAUCCUGCACCACCACCACCACCACCACCACCUGCACCUCCAGGGAUGCCAGGUGUACCUGGGAGGGCCAUGCUUAUCACCCAGAAGAUUCCAACCAGGCCGAUCAUAGAGCCAUCGGUGCCCAUGAAACCACUCUACUGGAAUAGAAUACAGCUUCAUAAACUUGCCAGUCAACGAGGAAACAAUUUGGAAGAAGCCGUUUGGAUGGAUAUGAAGGAACCUGAUGUCACUUCAGAAGAACUUGAGUUACUCUUCAGCAAGAAGCUCAUGAAGAAAAAGAAGCCAUUGUCUGAUAACUACAGCAAGCCUAAAGUCAAACAGGUUGCAAAGUUAUUGGACAGCAAGCGUUCACAGGCUGUAGGUAUUUUCAUGUCCAGUCUACACGUUGAGAUGAGUGACAUCAGACAUGCUGUUCUCAACGUGGAUAUGUCCAUCAUAGACCUGGAGAAUCUUCAGUCACUCUAUGAAAUGAGACCUCAAGCGGAUGAGAUAAAGAUCAUCAAAGAACACACAAAGAAAGAAAGUGCCAAACCACUGGACAAACCUGAACAGUUCUUGUUGGAGCUGUCUGAGAUACCAGACUUUGCCAAUCGAGUGUUCUGUAUCACAUUCCAGUCGACCUUCGAAGAGAAUCUAGUGGCUGUCAAAUCAAGACUUACAAUUAUCUGGGACAUUUGUGAGCAUCUACGAAAUGGAUCAAGUGUAAAGCAGUUUCUUGCCUUGGUGCUAGCAGUUGGAAAUUACAUGAAUGGAGGUAAUAGAACAAGAGGACAAGCGGAUGGUUUUGGGCUUGAGAUCCUCCCAAAGCUGAAAGAUGUCAAAAGUGCAAACAACGACGCAAAUCUGCUGGAGUACAUUGUCGCUUGCUAUGUUCACAAAAUUGACAAAGAUUCGGAAACUGAGAGUAAAACGUUGCCCUUACCUGAACCAAGUAAAGUCACUCAGGCAGGUCUUUUCAAGUUUGAAGAUCUGGAAAAAGACCUCAGAAAGAUUCAAAAGGAUCUCAAAGGUUGCGAGACCAAAGCAGAGACAGUACGGAAGAAUUCAAGUGAAGAAUAUCGUCAACCUUUCAGUGACAGCAUGGCUUCCUUCAUCAGUGGAGCAUUAGAAGAUAUCAGCAAGGAAAGCAGAAGAUUAUCGGAUACUAGAAAGAAGUUCCAUGAAGUUACAGAGUGGUUCUGUCUCAAACCUAAGCACGGAGAUAAUGAGGUCACCCCAGCCUAUUUCUUCAAUCUUUGGGCUCCUCUCUGCAGAGACUUCAAGGAUCUAUGGAAGAAGGAACAGCAAAUAGCUGCUAAGAUAAAGUUAAUUGAAAGCCAGGAGUUUGUACGACAGAAGCAGGAGGAAUGGAGGAAAGCUGCUCCAAUAAAAACAGGGACUAAAAAAGCUGAUGGACUGAAAGCAAGACUGAGCAGAACGGCUUCAACAAAAUCAUAGUAGAUGUCUUGCCUCCUCUCCUUGGAAUGGACUUAGGAUGAGCCAGUGCUUGACAUAAUAUAUACAACUCAGGGAAUAGUGUCAUAUUUUGUAAGGAUUGUAAGUGAGCAGAAGCUUGAAUAUGGUUUCAGGAAGUAUUCAAAUAUGAUUGAAUCUUCAGAUAUUACUAAACAAGGUCUAAGUGUACUCAUGGUCUGUGAAUACACAGAUUACUCUCUGUUGACUGUGAGUUGUACCAUAGACUCAAAUAUAAAGGUUACAUUUUGAGUUGGUCAAUAAGAGUAUUAGUGUUUUAGCUCUUACACCUAACUAUGUAAUAGUAUUUUAUUUUACUACAAAUUAAAGAUGUUCCAUGUGAAUAUGUUCAUAUGUUAAUAAAGAGUGAGGAGCAGAUAAACUGGAUUGGAUUUACAGGGUAUUAGCACCUUCACCUCUCUUUCGUUUCCAAGACAUAUUGCAAAAAACAUGUAUGGUUAACAACUUUCAAGGUAACAUACUACGCAAAAAGAAAUACAGGCUGAACCAGUUUAAUCUGACCAGAUUCAAAUGAACAAAAUGGCACUCAUGGGAUUUGUUGUGUAGUGUGAAACUUAUUAGCUUACAUUUGGGAACCUGCUUUUUUUUUUUUAAUAACUAAAUCUUGUCACAUUGGACAUGAUCUUUCAAAUAUUUAGAUACGUUUGAUAAUUGUGAAUUGUUAAUGAAAUAGUAAUAAUUCAAUCGUGCCACAAUUUUUGUAUUCCUACUUUAGUUUGAAAUAGAAAUGAUUAGAGAACAUUUUCUUUCACUUCCAAUUAUGAUAUUGUCACAUUUUUGUUUGAACAACUCUAAUUCAGCUGAAUUAUGAUUGCUUUCAAUUUGAAGAGAAGAGCAUAAAACUUGGCCAGAAGCUGAAAUGAUUACAUUAUAUUCAUGGCAAUAAAACUAUGCAGUAUUGUAGAACCAUAAAAGUAGGUUCAACAUUUUCCAAUUUUGUUUCCAAGAGUAAUCAGAUAAUUCUGUUGAGAACAGUUACAAGCAAGUAUUGCUAGUCUAAAUUUUAUGACCUCUGUUUUCUUGAAAUUCCAUUGAGUUUUGAAUGUUGUCUACCGGUAUUUGUUAUACUGGAGUAAUUUUCUUUGGUUUUUUAUUUUUUUGUAAUUAUGUGUGACAUUUUUCUUACCCUUUCCUACCAUUACGUUCUCCCCUCCAUCGUUUUGUUUUCUUGUUUGUUUGUUUUUGUUUUCUUGUUACCAUGUUGUUCUUUGUAUGAUAUGUAUGGAUUAUUUGUUGAUGCACCACAUUGGCUUCCAAUAUUUCUCAAUUCAACUGAUUGUUGUGUGUGAUGUAUAGCUGAACAAAGAAAUCUUUAUUGAUCUAUGCAGAAAAUAAUGGCAGAUGAAGAGGCAGAUAACGAUGAAGUUGGGCAAUACCCUCGACUAUUAAUACAUUGCAAAGGAAAGUGUGUCAUGUAGUGUAGUAGAGAAAAAAGGGUAUUAGAGAAUUACUUGAAUGUUCAAAGUAAAUUGUUUUUAAUCUAGUCUUCUCCUUUUACUCAUCUCUCUCUCUCUCUCUCUCUCUCUCUCUCUCUCUCUCUCUCCUUGAGUAUCACUUACAUUAUGUAUGUAUAUAUUCAUCUUAAAUCUUUAUCAAACUUCUCAUGCCUGUUAUUUUCUCUUCAAAUGUUUACUAUUAUCUUGUAUGAUUGCUAAUUCGUAACUAGGUCAUUAGUAUCUAUUAUUUCUAUAAACAGUGAUGCAUUUGGCCAUGAAAUCUGUCACAAGCUUGGGUUUUCUUAUACAGUUAUUAGGAGAUAACUGUUGUAUCAUUUACAUAAAGCCUUUGUCGCCCUCUAUGGCUUUGUAUGGUAUAUUUUGUCUGAUUUAGUGCCUUCCCAAAGGCAAUAUUUUCAUUUGAAUAACAAAAAAGUCUGUUUUGUUACUGUUACAUUAAACGUUGUUAUCUAAUCUUAUAAGUGUCAUGAUUUGAAGUUUUAGCAAGCAAUAAGAGAUUGAGGUAGCUGAAUAUAAAUCUGUAAAAGAGAUUAAGUUAUGUAUUCAUUUUCUGUCCUCUGUUCAUUCAUUGUAGUGCAAUAAAAUUUCCUUUCAUAAUAUGUAUGCUUAGUACUAAGUAGUGAAAUGAUUUAAUCCAAGGUAGGGUUAAAACAGUACUGUCUAACUAUAAAUAUAAUUACAAAAUCUUUUUUAGGUAAAUAUGUUAUUCCUGGAUAUUCUUGAGAGAUAUCAAAUCCAUAUGUAUGCGUUUGCAGUAUGAAUAACUAUAAGAUUGCUCUUGACUUGUACAUUUCCUCUUUUUAGUUUCUUAAUGAAUCAUUCGCUAAGAGACUUGUUGCAUGAAACUCAUGUCUUUCACAUUAGUUUGUAAACAAAGUAUUCAAAAGGCUGAUACAUGUAAAGGAUUCACAAAGUAUUUUGACUCAAUUUUGUUGUAUAUCUUAACAGUGAUAAGUAAGUUCAUAAGUUGAACUUUUUUCUUUGGUCAUAUUUUAAAUGUUUUUGCUAUGAGUACAAUAUAUUCAAUAAACUUUAAAUUAAUUGAUAUUUGUAUUCAUACUAGUCAUAGUUUAUAAACUAGUUUGUCUGAACUCAUGAAUUGGCUGAAUUAUUUACAUAUCUUUUUAUAUUGUAAGCUGCUAUAAAGUGAUAAUUGUAUAUGUUUGCUGAAUGCUUAAAGAAAGAGGCUGAAAUUACUACAAAGGGCUGAUGUUACUUAACUCAAACUUUCUUGCUUUUAUAUUUAUAUUUAGGAAACAGUUUCAUACUAUUGUAAAUUUGUGAAGAAUAUAUAUUUCAUUUGUUCAUGUAUUAUUAAAACAUUCCUGUGUGGUAUUCGGGGAGAUAUAUUUUUAGAAAACUCUGGAAAUAUGUCCAGAUCGUGGAAAGAUAUUCCAGAUAAGGGUGGAGUUCCAUUGCAGUGGUUACAUUCCUUUUUAUUCCUGAAUAGCAGAUAAUGUAUGCGCUUCUUGGAUUUUAAACAGUAUAGAACAAUGCUAAUUGGAUUUAUUGUAAACAUGAAUAGCUGAACAUGGAGGACAUGUUCUUUAAUGAAGGGGUAUUCAAGAUUAUUCAAUUAUUCAUCAAUAAUUAAAGGAUUUUCAUCGAUAAAAGUACUACCAAAGACAUUCCAUUUAGAAAGAAAAUGUCAAGAGACCAAGUUGACAGACUAAUUUUUGUUGAUGAUGAGUAUUAGCUUCAUGUUGGAGUGUAACUCUUAGUGUUUCAUGUCUCUCACAGCUCAAAUAAUCCUUCAAUUUCUUUUUAUUGCAUCUUAGUGAUACCACGUAAUAACCAACUCAUUUGAACUCUGAAUGUAGAUUAUAUGCAUUGUGUGCCCCCCAAUAUGGUUUAGUGAUUGCUGGGGUAUUAUGAGGGUCAAUGGUCUCCAUCUCGAGUAUUUUACCAACAGUUACUGAUCAUUGCCAUUAGACGAUCAACUCUCUUUUCUUUGUACGCUGAAAUGUCAAAUCUGUAAGAAUAAUUUGAGAUCUAGUAUUUGCUCUAUUAAUCAACUUGAUUCAUAUGAAAUGUAAACAUUGAUUUAAAAUUCAGCAAGUGUUGAAAAGUUGGAUGGUGUGUUUCCAUUGCCAUGACAUUUCUGUACAGUUAAUUUGAACAAUGCCCGUACGUGUCUCAAAUGGGAGGUCUGCACAGCAGUUGGUGUUGAUCACCGUUAUACAUCAAUAGAACAGUUCCCUGAACAUAUAAUUGGGCAUGGUAACAUGUUUUUCAUUCUUUCAACGAUGUGUAGAGGACUGAAAUUGUAUUCAUUUUAUAGUAGUUCUCUCUCUCUUCCAUCUCAAGCAAUUCCAGUUCCACAUGCUUAGUAUUACAGUGCAUGUUCUAUGAUUGUUUUACCUGACUGCUAGAAAGCAUUUACAUCAUUGUUAAUUGCUUUUCCAUACAAAAUAUGAUGCAGAAUUCAUUGUGAAAUUAAAAAAAGUGUUAAAGUUUGAAUUGUCUUUUUGACUUGAUCUUAAUUUAGCUAUAGUACCUUUUCUUCCACUUCUUUCAUCACCCUUAUUUCUUAUUCUUUCACAUUCAUUUUCCUCCUAUAUAUUCCAUUUGUCCUCCUUUCUUUGUUUUAUUGUAAUCAUGUCACUUAUAUUCUUCUCUCUCUCUCUCUCUCUCUCUCUCUCUCUCUCUCUCUCUCUCUCUCUCUCUCUCUCACUCUCUCUCUCUCUUCUUAUAUUUUAUGGUACACAUGUAUUCUUAUCAAAAUGUUUCAUACAAAAUUGAAGGAAAAGUGCUACAUUGAAAUCAACGAGAGUAAAAUAUAAUUUAUAAAAAAUAAAAACAAUCAUCAAUUGUUUCUUUAUGGAAGAGGGUUUGUUAUUGAAUGAAUUAUGAACCAGUGUAUUUCAAAGAUUAUAUUUCAUUCCUUUUCUUUACAUUUCACGCAUUCCUCAAUUCGAUGAAAUAUUCAUGAAAAGAUUUUGCACUAUAGUUUUGAUACAAAGUCAAUUAGGGUAUAACACAUCCUGUAUGGGCUCUGCUAUUGUAGAUUAUUGUGAAUUAAUGUGCUGACGAUGGUGACAUUUUCACCAUAACUGAGUUAGAAUAUGUAGAGAAUGGUAGCUAUUCAACAUAACUAUGUAUUAUGCAAAUGAUUUUGAGAAUGGUAUAUUUACAAAGAGAGCAAUAAAUUAUGGAAAUUUACUCUUAAUGGUUA